UCAAUAAAAAGACCUUCCUUGUAUUUAUAUAUAGGCAUAGAUGGAAGCCCAAUAUAUUUUCCUUAUCUAAUAACAUUUUUUCCCCAUUUUUAUCAUAAAAAUUCCAAUUAUAGGAAAAUUCCCUAAGACAAUAAUUUGCCACGUCACCUCGAAUAUGGCCGCCACCGCCACAUUCCGUCUUGGCAAUCCCCUUUCCUCUUCCUCUUCCUCAUCCGUUUACUCCUCCAAUACAUUGCCUGUCAAUUUCAGAAAAUUUGCGCUUCAGACGUCGCCUGUGAAAAGCUUUUCUGUUUCUUGUACUCUAACUAGAAAACCAGUCCCAGCUGCUCCGGUUUCCAUGGAUUCGGACCCGAACGGAUGGCGACGACCCGACUCGUUUGGUCGGUUUGGCAAAUUUGGCGGCAAAUACGUUCCCGAGACCCUAAUGUCUGCCCUCUCUGAGCUGGAUGCGGCUUUUCAUUCCCUCUCCAAAGAUGAAAAAUUCCAGGAAGAAUUAGCUGGGAUUUUGAAAGACUAUGUUGGUAGGGAAAGUCCACUUUAUUUUGCAGAGCGGCUGUCUGAACAUUACAAGCGACCCAAUGGUGAAGGGCCAGAUAUAUACCUUAAGAGGGAGGAUCUUAACCAUACUGGUUCUCAUAAGAUCAAUAAUGCUGUUGCUCAGGCAUUGCUUGCUAAACGUUUGGGCAAGAAACGGAUUAUUGCUGAAACUGGAGCUGGUCAGCAUGGAGUGGCAACAGCUACCGUGUGUGCACGGUUUGGUUUGCAGUGCAUUAUUUACAUGGGUGCUCAAGAUAUGGAAAGACAGCCGCUUAAUGUUUUCAGAAUACGGCUUCUUGGUGCAGAGGUUAGAGCAGUUCACUCGGGUACUGCAACACUAAAAGAUGCUACAUCGGAAGCUAUCCGGGAUUUGGUGACUAACUUGGAGACAACUCAUUAUAUUUUGGGAUCUGUUGCUGGUCCACAUCCAUAUCCUAUGAUGGUGAGAGAUUUCCAUGCAGUGAUUGGUAAAGAAACAAGAAAACAAGCCCUGGAAAAAUGGGGAGGGAAACCAGAUGUAUUGGUUGCAUGUGUUGGCGGAGGUUCAAAUGCUAUGGGACUUUUCCAUGAGUUUGUUAAUGACAAGGAUGUUAGGUUGAUUGGUGUAGAGGCUGCUGGUUUUGGUUUGGACAGUGGCAAGCAUGCUGCUACUUUGACCAAGGGGGAUGUGGGAGUUCUGCAUGGAGCUAUGUCCUACUUAUUACAAGAUGAAGAUGGGCAAAUAAUCGAACCCCAUUCCAUUAGUGCAGGCUUGGAUUAUCCUGGGGUUGGACCAGAGCACAGUUUUCUGAAAGAGGUAGGGCGAGCUGAGUACCACAGUGUCACAGAUGAAGAAGCAUUGGAAGCUUUCAAGAAAUUAUCUCGACUGGAGGGCAUAUUCCCAGCUUUGGAGACAUCUCAUGCACUGGCUUAUUUGGAGAAGCUGUGUCCUACUCUACCGAAUGGUACCAAAGUUGUGGUUAACUGCAGCGGCAGAGGCGAUAAAGAUGUUCAGACUGUGAUUAAGCAUUUGCGGGUAUGAUUACGAUGUUUUUCGUGGAAAUAAACGGUUGCCCCUUCUUUCUACAACCAUGCUGUCAGUCUUUUUCUCUGUUUCUUUAUAUGUACCGACUACUUCCUUCGCCAAACAUUUGUAUGGAAAUCCUUCUGCCAACUUAUGAUAAAACAGUUUAGGGCCUUUAGGUCUGCUCUAUGGUACAGUUAGAAGAAAGUAAUUUCCAGA